AAUGCCCACGGCCAGGAUAGCAAGAAAAAGAGGGGAGGCCUGUUUGCUAUUUGCUUGGUCGCCCCUCCUCCGCACUUGUCUCCACUGGCUACUCACCCCCUUGCUGCCCGCCUGUCCCUCUGGGCUACUGGGGCGCCACUACUACUGUCCCCAACUCGCUUUGUCAGACGGGUCUUAAAGGCAGCUUGACUUAGGGCUCUGCCAACAGCCCACGACUUGUGCGAGGCUAUAAAAUCUGCCACUGAGGGAGGAGGCCCAGUGUUGCCCUGCACUGUCCAGCCCGAGCGCGCAGACAUGACCCGAGCCGCAGAGCAGGGCCAAGGGGCUACAGGCUGGGGACUGCGCGGCGCCCUAGGGGCAGUAGCGCUGCUUUUGGUACUGAACGCUGCGGGCACUGUGUUCUUGCUGUGCCAGUGGCGCGAGCUGAGCGCAGCCCUGCGGGCUUUGGAGGCACAAAGCGGCCAGGAGCAGCGCGAAGACAGCGCCCUACGCGCCUUUCUGGCGGAAUUGAGCCGUGCACCGGGCCAGGUCCCCGAAUCACCCCAGGACCCUGCGAACGCAGCACGCAACAAGCGCAGCCACAGCGGAGAGCCUGCGCCACACCUCCGCGCCGAGAGUCAGGACAUGAUGAUGAUGAUGACCUACUCCAUGGUGCCGAUCCGAGUGAUGGUGGACCUGUGCAAUAGCACCAAGGGCAUCUGCCUUACAGGACCACCUGGACCACCAGGACCACCAGGAGUUCAUGGGUUACCAGGACACAAUGGAUCAGAUGGACAGCCUGGUCUCCAGGGACCAAAGGGUGAAAAAGGAGCAAACGGGAAGAGAGGAAAAAUGGGGUUACCUGGAGCCACAGGAAGUCCAGGGGAAAGGGGAGAGAAGGGAGAUGCUGGUGAACUGGGCUCUCCUGGAAAUGAGGGCCCACCAGGGCAGAAAGGUGAAAAGGGAGACAAGGGAGAUGUGUCCAACGACGUGCUUCUCACAGGUGCCAAAGGUGACCAAGGCCCGCCUGGUCCCCCUGGACCCCCCGGGCCUCCGGGCCCUCCUGGAACCAGAAGAUCCAAAGGCCCACGGCAGCCAAACAUGUUCAACAACCAGUGUCCAGGUGAGGCGUGUGUCGCACCAAAUGACGACACCUUGGUGGGGAAAGAGGAUGAGAAAGUAAAUGGACGCCAUUCUCCACAAACAGAAUCCAUGAUCGCUUCCAUUGGAAACCCAGCCCGUAUACUAAAAGUUAGAGAGACUUUUGGGACUUGGAUAAGAGAGUCUGCUAACAAGAGUGAUGAGCGCAUCUGGGUGACAGAACAUUUUUCAGGAAUCAUGGUGAAGGAGUUCAAAGACCUGCCAGCUCUUCUCAAUAGCAGCUUCACCCUCAUCCGCCUCCCAUAUUACUUCCAUGGCUGUGGGCAUGCAGUUUACAACAACUCUCUCUACUACCACAAGGGGGGCUCCAACACUAUAGUGAGAUUUGAAUUUGGCAAAGAGACACCCCAAACCCUGAAGCUUGAGAAUGCUUUGUAUUUUGAUCGAAAAUACCUCUUUGCAAACUCCAAGACUUACUUCAACAUAGCUGUGGACGAGAAGGGCGUCUGGGUUAUCUACGGGUCAAGUGUGGAUGGCUCAAGCAUCCUGGUAGCACAGCUGGAUGAGAGGACAUUCUCUGUGUUGAAACACAUCAAUACCACAUACCCUAAAUCCAAGGCUGGCAACGCCUUCAUUGCUCAAGGGAUCCUCUACGUCACAGACACCAAAGAUACGAGGGUCACAUUUGCCUUUGAUCUGUUAGGAGGGAAACAGAUUGAUGUGAACUUUGAUCUCAGAAUGUCCCCCUCUGUUCUUGCCAUGUUAUCAUACAACAUGAGGGAUCAGCAUUUAUAUUCAUGGGAAGAUGGCCACUUGAUGCUUUAUCCUGUGUUGUUUGCAGCAGCAGCAUCAAGCCAGCGCUAGGCUGCCCCCUGUUUCUUCCUUACACUCCACAUGUUUCUUGGGCUGUUCCAGCCCAGCAGAAAGCUUGUCUGUAAACAAUAUCCAGGUCCUUGGAUCACAACCCUGUGCCACAGGCACUUGUGCAAUCAGUGAGUCCUCUUCAAACCAGGUUGCUCAGAUGGCUACAAAUUGGAAAUGGAAAUGGCUGAGGUCUCAUGAUUCCUCCUCAAACUCAGCAAGUUGGCACUCUUCCUUAGUUUCCCCAUUGGUAAUAUGAAACAUCUGAGCAUGUUGAUAACAAUGUCCUCUAUUUGAAUGAAA